CUCAUAGAAAAGAUGAAGAAAUGGAAUCUCUGCAGCCAAAGCUACUAUUUAAAAUGCCACCUUUGGAAGAUGCUAGUCAGACUGCAAUGGAAAAUCAGAAAGAAGCUCAAUUUGAAGAAAAAGCAGGACCGUGUAAAUGCCUUAGAAACGAGUACCCGAGUGGCUUUGGACCAUCUGGAGUCUGUGCCUGAGAAGCUGAGCCUGCUAGAAGAUUUCAAAGGCUUCCGAGGUUCCCGCAGUUUAUCCGACAGAAUUGAUGAAAGAUAUUCGAAAUACCGAGUUCACAGAGAGUCUCUUCAGCAGUGCCGGGAUGACCCCAAGCACAGAAUCCAAAGCUUCAAAGAUGACAGAAACUUUGCUGAAAGCUCCCAUGCUCAUGGGUUAAAUCAGUCAUCUUGUUGGCAGGAUCACAGUCGCUUCCUGUCUAGUCCACGAUUUUCCCACUUGAACUGUCUAUUUGAUGUAUGAAAACAUGGAAGAGGAGGAGGGUGGAGACCAAGCACCAAAAAACAACAUGGUAUCCCAUCCUUAAGACAUCUAAGAGCUCAGAAAUAGACAGCACCAGGAUAUGAGCGCAGAGGUCUUUGUUCUACUGGUAUUUAACUUUGCCUUUAAAACUUGCAGGAGGCUCCUUAGAAAGGUUCCUCUUAAGAAGGUGGCUCGAAGACAUCAAGGGGAAGACAUCCGCAUCGUUAGAAGUUUAUUCAAUAUUACGGCAGGCGGUAAAAGAGCCUGUAUUUGGCUUUUCACUCAGUAGCAUUUCAUGACUAACAUUGGUCAUUUCCUAAGAUGUAAUACUCACAGGCUGCUAUAGGCUUCUAUAUAAAUAUACUGACAGAAACUUAAGUAAGAAUAAGAAAAAAAUAUCAUUGAGAACAUUAUUUGGAUGAGAAAAUACUUUAUUAGUCUAUAUUAUACAAUCUGAGUGAAAAACUUAGCUUAAAAAGUAAACCUCUUUAUUAAUUUAUUGAUUAUUUAUACAUAACCAUAUAUUUUUCUAUUCUUCUUUUUAAGAAUUUUUAUGAUUUUCCUCCCAAACCUACCUCCUCCAUGUUUUUAAGGAUACUUUAAAAAGUUUAAUCCUAGGUACCUAUUGUUACUCAUUUUAGGUGAUUUAAUAAACAUUUCUGGAAAUAAUAUUUAUUCUAAUUUACUUUUCUGAUGAACUUUGAAUUUUCUGUAUGUUUUUCAUGAUGGCUUUUGGAAUUGAAUUAUGAUCACCCUGAAUACAUCUCCAUUUUUGUGGUACAGACAGUUUCAGCUUAAUUAUAGAAAUUGUCCUGUCCUGAAAAUUUUCUUGACACUACAAAAUUAAAAAGGAGAUUUGUCAGAUCAACAAGGAGAAAAAUGGAGCCUGCAGUAAGUUGAUAAUACAGGGAACAGAAGACACCUUAAAAAUAUCAUUAAUGCCCUCAGAGAUAUGAGGAAAUUGUGCAGCCACUAAAAAGCAAGAUACUGUAAAAAAGGAGCAUGAGUUAAGAGAUCUCGGAAAUUUUAAAUAUGAUACUAGAAAGGUGGAAAACAACAAAGUUGAGAAACCUCAAAGAAAGCAGAAGAUAAGGAAAAAAGGGCAAUAGAAGAGAUAAGAUAUUCAGAAAAACCAAUAUAGGAAGGACAGACCGUGAUUAGUGAGAGUCCUGGAAAGAGAGAAGAAACAAAACAGAACAAAGGCCAGAAGUGGGCAGAUGACACGGCCUACCCAAUAAAUGGCUAUUGCCCAGCUGUCGCCCUGAGAUUUUUUUCUUCCCCUUCCUUCUGUAUGGAUGGAUGGCCAUGUUUCUUUGGUCACCCCAGGCCUUCCUCUGCUGGUUUCAGUUCUUUUGCAGGAGCACAUCCAAGAAAAGGAGGUAAAUAUUUUCAUUUUCAUAUUUCUGAGAAUGGGUUUCUUCCAUUCACACCUGACUGAGACUUUGCUGGCUAUAAAAUUCUGGGUUAAAAAAGACUUUCCUUCUGAAGUCAUCACACAAUUAUCUUCCAAAAUCUAGUGUUGCUAUUGAAAAACCUUCUGUCUUUUUCGUUUGACUCCCAUUCCUCUGACAUGAUCAUUUUCACCACUGCUAUCCCCCUGCACCCCUGGCCCGGCAACUUUUAGGAUUGUCUCUUUAACUUCCAUGAGUUUUGUGAUGGUAUGCCUCCCCAUAUGUCUUCUACCUAUUUGCUCUGGGGUGUUUUUAAUCUAGACAUUUAUAUUCUUCAGUUCUGUCAUAGGGAAAGAAGAAGCACAAGAUUCCACCAGGAAAAGCUUUAGGAAAUAAAUUUUUUAAAAAACUGGAUAGAUUAUUGAGUCAUUUGAGCACUUAGAAAAACUACUAGUAGGCACAUGACAAGUCUAAUUGAGCUAUUAGAAACAACUGAGGAUGGUUAUGGAGAAAGAGUAAAUAAAAAAUAGAUAAAUAAAUAAAAACACAGGUCAAUUAAUAACUCCAGGAAAAAAAAAUGAAAAGAAACAUUGUCAGAGUAGUCCUAUUAGGUUUGUAUACGCCACAUUUACAGUCAAUAUAAAUACUCACUAUUGACAUAACUGGAAGUCCAGACGUAACUAUAUAGGGAGGGUGGGGUAAAGGGAAGUGGAUGGGUGUGGGUAUGUCUAAAAAUGAUAACUCAGAAAAUAGCAAUAUAAGCUUCUUUUUCUUUCAAAAAUUGAAGUAAAUAUGGAAAAUAAAACUAAAAGAGUUGAUUGUGGUUGACUCCAGGGAGCAGGUAUGUGGGGUUGGGAGGGAUGGGGCAAGAGACCGCAGUCUUUCUGUGUAGUCCUUUGGUGCUGUUUGAUAUGUGUAUGUAUGGACGCUCUGGCUAAAAAGGAAUCUUAUAAAAAUAGAAUGCUACUAAGAAAACUCCAGCUUUUAUGUCUGACUAGCAUGUGCUGGAUUUUCUUGUUAACUUCUGAAUGCAGCAUGAAAGCUGGGGGUGGGGGGUGGGGGUAAGAGCAGCUGAGACCUGUGUGGAGACAAGGAGGGUAACUGAGGUGCUGAGGUUGACACGGGUAUCUGAGCCCACGGAACAGGCUCCUUCUGAUUCGGGUUGGGAUUUGCCCUGGAUGAGGCUCUUUUGUCUGUGCUGAAGAUGCUAAGGCACUCAUCCUGCUGACUUCAGUGCCCCGUCAAAACUGUGACCGAAAGCGCAGAAUCACUGACCACGGAAAAACAAAGGAAAUGGGAAAAUACUGCAUAAUUUGUGGUCUCUGAAAUGACCCAGCCUUAAUGAAAGUUUGUUUUCAGUAGUAAUUUAUGUCAGCUUUGUGUAGUUCAGGUCAAUUCAAGAAAAGGUAGAUGCUUCCCUGCCAGGAAGAAGGGGAGAAAUGUAUAAAUUGUAAGUUUAUAUGACCAUUGGAAAUAGGAACACAGAAAUUCAUUAUUUAGAGCCAUGAUUACUACCAAAUUUAUCCUGGCUGGCUGGAAGCUAUGGCCGUGAUUCAGGACACUCUUUUAGAAGGCUUGGAUUCCAUUACCUGUAUCCUGUAGACAGUGGGGGCUUAGUAAGGGAGACUCAUAAUGCCAGCUUUGGAAACUGUCAUUUUUUACUUUUUUGUAAGUAGUGACUGACCACUGGUCUCCAUGUAUAGCUCCUUGUAGGCUAAAAGACACAACUUCAGGACAGGGCUUUCACUUCCAGGGCCCAGACCAGACUGGAUUGGAGUGAAGUCUGAAGCAAACUGAAGACUUCUCAAAGUCUCGAGUUCUUUGAGAUUCAAAUGUGAAAUGUUCAUGGAGUUGGUAUCUAUAAACUCAAUUUUAAACAUAAAUGCAAAUUGUAAUUUUUCUAUAAUUCUAGCAUUGUUGUAAAUAAUGUUUAUUUAAAUAAAUAAUCCCAGAAAGAAAGGACUGUGGUUUUUCAUGGGGUUACUUUAGGAGUUGAAAGUGAAUCUUACAUAUUAAUUUAACUUGAGAUUCUUAGAAAAGCAAAUCAAUGAAAGUUAAUAAAAAAGAACUUUUUUUUUUUCAUUUCCUUAACCUCAGAUCAUACUGCUCUAAAAAGAAAAGUUAGUGUACUUAAUAUGUGUUAAAGGUGAAAUGAUAGAACGUACCUGGACCAGGACUUUAUACUAGUGAAUGGGAGGUUAUAACUGAGCUGAAACCUGAAUGGCAAGAAGAAUCAGCUGAGUUAAAACUGAGUGGGAAGCAUUUUGCUAAUCCAGGGGCAGAACUGGAAAGACCCCAGAAGGAGGAAAAGAGGGAGGAGAAUGAGUGAGGGAGAGAGUGAUUGGCAGAGAGCAUGGUAGGAGAUGAGGUCCCAUGGCAGUCUUUUCAGCCUCCAUCAGAUGUUUGGAUUUUGUUCUAAUUUCGCGGGGAGGCCAUGGCGGGUGGGGAGGGAAGGGAUAAUGCAGCACAGUGACAUAAUCUGAUGAACAUUUUAGAAAGACAGUUCCGGUGUGUGGAAAAUGGGGCAAGAUGAAAAUAGGAGAGAAAAUGGUGGCUUGCGCUGGGAUGAUGCUAUUAAUAACAGAGAUGGUGUGAAGCAGAAGGACUCAGGUGAAAUGGAAGGCAGACUCCUCAGAACUUACCCUUAAGUGGGACGGGUCCAGCAGGCAGGCCACAGGAAGGAAGGAACCAAGGUUUCAGAAAUUGGAUGGAUGAGUAUGUCAUUUUCUAAGAUGAAGAAGAGCAAGGGCUAGGCAGGCAUCAGAGAUGAAGAAACGAAGUGGGAGGACUGACCGAUACAUCUGGAUAUAGGCAUCGAGCUCAGAAGAGAGGCAAGAGGUGGUAGAAAAAGAGUAAACCUAGAUUCCAUAUCUAGUCUCAGUUUGCUUUUGUGUAAAACAGAAGUUUCUAUAAAAAGGAAGCCCUUCAGAUUUCUUCUAAAAUCGUGCGCUUUAAUGUCACUGUAUACUGAUCAACACCCGCCUUCUACCCUCACUCUUCAAAUCCAAAACAAACAUAUGACAUGAAUAUGUGGGGUUUUUUUAAUAUAGUAAAUUAUUUUAUUCCUCAAUUGAAUAUUUGGUAGUCCAUGUAAAGCUUAUAGAAAACUAGUAAUCAAAUGCAAUGAUUACUUACAGCUUUGUCAAGCCAGGGAUUAUAUUCAUCCGGGUUUCUUUUUCUCUUUUCUCUUACCUUGCCAGCCUUUACCCAAAGAACAGUUGCUCCAGACUCACCUUCAAUCAAGGAAGAUGCCCCAAGUUUACUGAUGGAUGGAAGAAGUCCACAA